UCUGGAUCCUGACUGGGUUAACUCCUGCUGGCCCUUUAAUCGGACCUCUGAGCCCCGACUAGAUUAACCCUGCUAACGCUGCUAACUCCCGCUACAUCACUACUAAGCUGGUGCCGAGUCUGGGUGUCUACUUAAAGAACACCAGUCGAAGAAUCAUGUCAGGCCCGGUUGCAGAGGGUCCAGAUGCAUCUGGAGUGGAAGGGAGCAACCGUAGGCUCCAGCAUACACAGGCUCAGGUAGACGAGGUGGUGGACAUCAUGCGUGUGAACGUGGACAAGGUUCUGGAGCGUGACCAGAAGCUCUCCGAGCUAGACGACAGGGCCGACGCCCUUCAGGCCGGAGCCUCCCAGUUUGAGACCAACGCGGCCAAGCUCAAGAGAAAGUACUGGUGGAAGAACUGUAAGAUGUGGGCCAUUCUGAUCGCUGUGAUCAUCAUCAUCAUCGUCAUCAUCAUUAUCUGGUCUCGGUCGUAAAGCCCAGGAGCACGGUCCUGAUGGCUCCGAGGACUGUGGUUAGGAGUGUGAUGGAUCAACUAAUUCUAUGAAGACAGAGAGAGCAUGUUCUUCCUGAACUAAAGCUGUUCUAGCCUGCUGCAUUACAAAAGCAUAUUUUGUAAUAUAUAUAUAUAUAUAUAUAUCCUCAAUUUGUUUUGUUUUAAAUAAUUAUUUGAAUAUGCCCAGACAGUAUAAGACAGACAGACACCUUUCUCCCUCUUGACUGUGCCUUAUUCUUUACUGAAAGAUGUUUUCAGUGACACUCCACUUUCACCAUUUACACACACCACAGUGGACUAACUGUCCAAUGCUUGGUGGGAUAAAGGCUCUAUGUAAUGAAUAAGUAAGAUACAUGCACAAAAACAGUUGAUUGUAGCAUUGCAGACACACUAGUGAAAAAAGCUCCUUACACUGCUUAUUGCUCGUGGAGAGUACUAUGGCUCCGAAAACAACGGGCAGUGUAUGUGUGAUUAUAAAAGUGGGAAGUUAGUUACUUGGUGCCUUAAAUUUCUAGUGCCAGAACAAUUUAGAACCAACCACAGGCCUUAUUAGAACAAACGAGUAGCGUUCAGACACAGAGGUGCCUUUUAAAAUCGACACUGCCAUAAUGGACAAGUGUAUUCCAAUUAUACAGCACAUGUGCUUACAUGCUUGUUUUCAAAAUGCUUGUCUUAAAAUAGUGGGGGGGGCAGGGGUACUACAAAAAUGUUUCACAAUAAUGGAUAAAAUAACAUUUAAAUGGGUUAAUUAUCUUUUCAGUGUCUGGUAACUGUUGCUUCACUUUGAUUUUUCUGACCUAAAGCCUCGCGAUGCUGUUUUCUCAAUGUCUGACGCCAUUCAUCUUCCCCACAGCGGCAACACAAGUUUAUCUAUUUGUGCGGCUUUUCUUUGGACUGUAUGCAAAUUGUAAACAUGGAGACUAAAUGAUAUUUGAGGUGGCCUUCUAAACUGUUACGCCGACUGGAUUUGCCAUACUUGCUAAUAAACAGGUUUAACAACUG